CCGGCCGGCCAUGCUGCCGCCGCUGCCUGUGCCGGGCUCGUGCGCCGCCGGGCGCCGGGGCUGAGCGGGGCCGCGUGGCGUGGCCGAGCAUGCUGGCUGUAUGGACAGUGUGGCCGAGCAGAGGCUGACCACCGCCAGCCUGCCGGCCCCGCACCUGGAGCACUACAGCGUCCUGCACUGCACCAUGACCUUGGACGUGCAGACGGUGGUGGUCUUCUCCGUCAUCGUCCUCCUCCUCCUCGUCAACGUCGUCCUCAUGUUCUUCCUGGGCACCCGCUGAGGAGGGGGGGGGGCACCCGACCGACCGACCGACCGACCACCGCCCGCCCGCCCGCCCAGGACCGCGGGCACCCCACCCCCCGAGAGGGACUCGGCCCGCGCGGCCGCCGACUGAGCGGGCAGCAGCGAGACAGGAGGAGGAGGAGGAGGAGGAGGAGAGCGGCCCCGACGCGCCAUGGCCGCCCUGUGAGCUGGAUGACGGUGGUAUUCUGUACACAGCCCAACUGCUGUGUAUAAUGACCGAAGGAAAAUUGCCAAAAAUCAAUCUGAUCAGUGGCGGUUCUAUUGUAAGUGCUGAGGCAGUAUGGGAUCACGUCACCAUGGCCAACCGGGAGUUGGCGUUUAAAGCAGGAGACGUUAUCAAAGUCCUGGAUGCCUCCAACAAGGACUGGUGGUGGGGUCAGAUUGAUGACGAAGAAGGAUGGUUUCCCGCCAGCUUCGUGAGGCUAUGGGUUAACCAAGAAGAUGGCGUUGAGGAAGGAACUAGCGAAGUACAGAAUGGGCACUUGGACCAAAAUGCUGCUGACUGCCUCUGUCUCGGUAGAACUCUUCAGAACCGAGACCAGAUGAGAGCCAAUGUCAUCAAUGAAAUCAUGAGCACCGAGCGCCAUUAUAUCAAACACCUGAAGGACAUUUGUGAGGGCUAUUUGAAGCAGUGUCGGAAGAGAAGGGACAUGUUCAGUGAUGAACAGUUGAAGGUCAUCUUUGGCAACAUUGAGGACAUCUACAGGUUUCAGAUGGGCUUUGUAAGAGAUUUGGAGAAACAGUACAACAACGAGGACCCCCAUCUCAGUGAAAUUGGGCCGUGUUUCCUGGAGCAUCAAGACGGCUUCUGGAUCUAUUCUGAGUACUGUAACAACCACCUGGAUGCAUGCAUGGAGCUCUCCAAGCUGAUGAAGGAUGGCCGGUACCAGCACUUCUUCGAAGCCUGUCGGCUCUUGCAGCAGAUGAUCGACAUCGCCAUCGACGGGUUCCUUCUGACCCCUGUGCAGAAGAUCUGCAAAUACCCCUUGCAACUGGGAGAACUGCUGAAGUACACUGCCCAGGAUCACAGUGACUACAGAUACGUUGCUGCCGCCCUCGCAGUCAUGAGGAAUGUGACUCAGCAGAUCAACGAGAGGAAAAGGAGGCUGGAAAACAUUGACAAGAUCGCUCAGUGGCAGGCCUCAGUCCUGGAUUGGGAGGGGGACGACAUCUUGGAUCGCAGCUCUGAGCUGAUCUACACAGGGGAGAUGUCCUGGAUUUAUCAGCCUUACGGACGAAGCCAACAGCGCGUCUUCUUCCUCUUUGACCACCAGAUGGUUCUCUGCAAAAAGGAUCUAAUAAGAAGAGAUAUCCUGUACUACAAAGGACGCAUUGACAUGGAUCGAUAUGAAGUCUUGAAUAUCGAAGAUGGGCGGGAUGAUGACUUCAAUGUGAGCAUGAAGAAUGCCUUCAAACUUCACAACAAGGAGACGGAGGAAAUGCACUUAUUUUUUGCCAAGAAGCUGGAGGAGAAACUGCGGUGGCUGAGAGCUUUCCGGGAGGAGAGGAAGAUGGUACAAGAAGAUGAAAAAAUAGGCUUUGAAAUUUCUGAAAACCAGAAGCGACAGGCCGCCAUGACAGUGAGGAAAGUCAGUAAACAAAAAGGUGUCAGCUACUCUCGGUCGGUUCCUCCAGCCUACCCACCACCCCAGGACCCAUUAAAUCAGGGACAAUACAUGGUGACCGACGGCCUAGCCCAGCCCCAGGUCUACGAAUUCACCGAACCCAAACGCAGCCAGUCACCAUUCUGGCAAAACUUCAGCAGGUUAACGCCAUUCAAAAAAUAAUAUAUAGAGUGAGAUGGAGAAUUUUAAAAAUAAAGAAAAAAAAUUAAAAAUUAAAAAAUUAUAUUUAUAGAUGGACCUUUUUUGGAGAAGCACUGUCGCAAUUUUAAAAAAUAUCAUAUAUGUGUGUGUGUUUGUAGAUAUCUAUAGAUAUAUAGCUAUAUAAAUAUAUAUAUGUAUAAAUAUAUUCAGACACAUACACAUAUAUAUGUAUUUGUUGAUAUGUGUAUAUAUAUAUACAUACACACACACACACACACACACACAUAUAUAUAUAUAUAUAUGUAUAUACUGAAGGACCAAAAAUGUUUUUGUUGUUAUUUUUGGGACGCAGUCUCUCUACCUUAUUCCAGGAAGUACCGAUGACUUCUCAAUCAUGUAACCCGCUUUAUUUUGGCACCAUUGGAAUCAUUGUUGUUGCUGUUAUUCUUUAUUUUACUUUGUGUUUGUGUCAAAAUUAUCUCCUGGGAUUAUUUGUUGUUUGUUGUGUAUCACUCUUCUAACAUGUUCCAACCAGCGUCGAUUUCCUUUCUAAGCAUUUUAUUUAUUGACUUAUCUUCUCUUUGAAGGAGAUGGGCCCAGGGGAAAAAGGACUCUCUUUUUUCCAUCUCAUUCCCACAGCCUGUCACGGGCGCCACCUGCUCCCCAUCCCACCUUGGGGCCACCUCUGUCUGAUCCUCAUUCACUUCAGAGGAACAUGCUCAGACGGUGUACCUGGGGUGGUGUGAGGAGGCGGAAUUGCACUUUGAAUGUUCUGGUGGUGGUUGUUUUUUUAAAGAAAAAAAAACAAGCUGCAUUUUUAUUUCCCAGCAUUCUUCUGUUCUGAAUCCAUGCACUGCAAUACUUCUGUUGGCUAGAGGGGACAGCACGCAUGAGGCCCUGCUGUUGUGCCACUGCUAUUCCUUUUCCUGAAGAAAUGGAAGAUGAAAAGCAGAGCGGCCCGGCAGCUUGCGCCCCAACCAUGUGGAGAGAAUGGGAACCCAGUUGUUAUGCCUCUUUGGCUGAUAUCAUUCUUGUUAUUAUAGGUUUUGCCUUCCUGUUAUGUGGUUUGAGCAUAAUGUUUUCAUUUCCCCCUCUAGUAAUAUUAUUAUGAAGGUCAUUCUGAGUUGGAUUGUGUAUUUUUGUUGUAAAUGGGGUUUUCUUUUCUUCCUUUUUUUUUCUUUUUGCAUUGGGCAACUGCCACAAGAAAUGACCAAGGUGCUACAUUUGCACAACCUGCAGACUCAAAGGAUUUGCAGAAAACAGGCCACGAGUCCACAGCCCGUAUCCUGGCUUAGAACCAAAUUGGCUCUCAGCUUCUAAGGAAUUCUGCUGGAUACGGUGCCUGAUACGUGCCAGAGAUUACAGAGAUUUUGGGCCCAGUGAAGCUAAACCAUGAAGUCCUUCUUCUCUGCCUUAUUUCACCCGUCCCGAGCUUUAUCCUCAAGUCCUUCAAGUACCGAGCACAGCAUUAGCCUUUAACAACAAGCUAUUUGCUGAAGGACGAUUGCCUUAGUAAUCCACCUGCUUGACUGGUGGUGGAUGAGAUUUGUGGAAGGAGCAAAGUGCGAUUGACUUACCAGUGUCAGCAACAUUGCUUUGGAUAAAGAAAUACAUACCAAGUUGCUUGGUGCUUCGGUUCUGAAUCCAUGCACUGGUUAGUUGGGAAAAGCAAGAUCGUUGUCACUCUCAAUGGACUGUGAGGAGGGGCUCUCCCUCCCUCCCUCCCUCCCCCCCUCUCAUAUUCUUUCCCUCCCUCUCUCCUUUACUCCACAUUCUCCAGAAAGAGCUGCAUUCCCCAAAGAUGUGAAUCAGCUCAGUUACACUAGACCAGUGGUGGCAAACCUUUGGCACUCCAGGGGU